AUGGCCACGGUCCUCGGCGUCGAUCACCCACGAGAUUGUCUGGUUCAACUGUCUCCACCCGUGACUCUGGUGACUCCUCGACAACUACUGUACAUCCCCCAUUUCAACUUGUCCGUUCCUCCUUCUGUUCAUAUCUCCUGCUUCGCUUUCCGAUCAUCUCCUUGUUCUUUCCUUGUCUACGGCUCUCCUCCUCUUCCUCCUCUACUUGUCCCCCUCAUCUCUCAUCGUCCGCUACCGCAACUCUUCUUCCCCUGCUCCUUUCCAUCCUCUGCUCCUCGCCACCCCCGGAUUGGUGAUACGUCCGCCAUUGCGAUUCCUGUCCUCAAAGCGUCGCAACCGAUAUCUCCAACGUCCGAAAGAGUUGCCUCUUCUGCUCCGUCCACUCCAUUCCCCGUGAUCCUCUCCCUCGAUUUCCCUAUCGCUCUUCGGAAUUGCAAAGGGUCAUCGCUCCGACUUGUCCAAGAGGUCCCAAGUCAAGUAUCGCCAGCGUCCCUUCACUCGGCUCAAACGAUCUCUUGCUUGUCCCUCGCCUCGCCCACUACGCCUCUUAAGAGAAUCAUCUAUACAUUGCCGUCUCGGAACCUCGCUCCUGUGAGCUUCGACGACCGACUGACCGACCAGGAGUGA